AUGCGACGAUGGGCAGACGCGCUUGCUCGCUCCACCUCCAAGCGCAGACUUUACUCAGUCGUCGCCGCGCAGAAAGCAGCUGUCGCUGACCAAGCAAAGACGCGUCGACCAGACCCCGCCGCAGUCGUUGCCCCCGAACUUGACCACCUUCGCCAAAGCCUGCUCACUCUCCUCGGUUCGGCACAUCCCGGGCUAGAUGAAAUCGCAAAAUACUACUUUUUACACCCGUCGAAGCAGAUGCGGCCGCUGCUUGUGUUGCUUUUUGCACGUGCCACGAAUGGGUUGGGCAAAGACUGGAGAGAGCGGAGAUGGGCUGCAGAGUGUGAUGGGGAGAAAGAGUUGGACCUGCCGCUGACGAGGGGCGACGUGUUGAACGACUGGAACCCGAGUAUGCCCGACACCACCAGCUCUUUCCAGUCCGUGUUUUCCCUUAUUCCUCCGACUGCGCGUGCCGAACGGGCGGCAAUGCCAGACAACUGGCAGGUCGGGACAGCGCCAGGGCUGCUGCCGACCCAGCGACGGCUGGCGCAAAUUGUGGAAAUGAUACAUGUCGCUUCCCUUUUACACGACGAUGUCAUUGACAGGUCAGCCUUGCGUCGGGGAGUCCCCUCUGCCCCCGCUGCAUUUGGUAAUAAACUCUCCGUGCUUGGGGGCGACUUCUUGCUUGGAAGAGCAAGUACUGCGCUUUCUCGGCUGGGAGACCUCGAAGUCGUCGAACUUAUCGCGAGUGUUAUCGCGAAUCUUGUCGAAGGCGAGAUUCUCCAGAUGAAGGAGGUCUACACGCCCGAAUUAGGGCUUGUCGCUACUCCAACAGCCAGCGGAGAGGCCUGGAGCGUUUAUUUGAAGAAGACCUACCUCAAAACUGCAAGUCUGAUGGCCAAGGGCUGUCGCGCGUCGGUUAUCUUGGGCGGUUGUGCGCAGGGAGAAGUAUGGAAGGAGGUGGCGUACGCGUUUGGACGGAAUUUCGGGCUUGCAUUCCAGCUAGUAGACGACGUUCUCGACUACGAAGCUGGAGAAGCCACGUUAGGCAAGCCUGGAGGUGCUGAUUUGCAGCUGGGAUUGGCAACUGGACCCGCGUUAUAUGCUUGGGAAGAGCAUCCAGAAAUGGGACCGUUGAUCCAGCGCAAGUUUGAGAAAGAGGGGGAUGUUGAACUGGCUCGCGAUUUAGUGCGAAGAUCAUCUGGCGUCGCCCGCACAAGAGAAUUAGCACGAGCCCAUUCCGAAAAGGCCCGAGAAUUGUUGCAGUUGUUGCCGGACAGCGACGCAAAGGUUUCCUUGGAGCUCAUGACCGAGAGAGUCAUCACACGGACAUGGUAG